AUACACACAUUUAACACACACACACUGUAACAUAGAAACCAUAACUCAUCAAGAACUUCCCUUCACCCACGCAUCAUCGUAAAACAAGAAUCCCAUACGAACAUUUUGUCGUAAAUUCACGCCCCACUUCGUCACCUUCUUGUUUUCUUUUCCUUUUUGCUUUCCCUGCGAGUUCCUUUGAAGGAAAAGCAAUGGGCGACGCCACGCUACUUCCAGAUCGCGGAACCGAAAUUCUCAUCCCUGUUUGCGCCGUAAUCGGCAUAGCGUUCGCCCUCGUGCAGUGGCUGUUGGUGGCCAAGGUGAGGCUUUCAAACGGAAAGGACUAUGCAGGCGGGAGAAGUGGAUACACGGAGGCCCUGAUUGAGGAGGAGGAAGGCGUCAGUGAUCAUUCCGUCGUCCGAAAGUGCGCCGAAAUCCAGUCCGCCAUUUCCGAAGGUGCAACAUCAUUUCUUUUUACGGAGUACCAGUAUGUUGGAAUCUUCAUGGUUGCUUUUGCCAUAUUAAUCUUCGUUUUCCUCGGCUCUGUGGAGGGAUUCAGUACAAAAAGCCAACCUUGUACAUAUGACAGUACCAGAAUGUGCAAGCCCGCUCUUGCCACAGCUGCUUUUAGCACAUUAUCCUUCCUUCUUGGUGCUUUUACAUCUGUGGUCUCUGGCUUUCUUGGAAUGAAAAUUGCAACCUUUGCUAAUGCCCGAACUACUUUAGAGGCUAGGAAAGGUGUUGGAAAGGCUUUCAUUGUUGCAUUUAGAUCUGGUGCAGUCAUGGGUUUCCUCCUUGCCGCAAAUGGUCUUCUGGUUUUGUACAUUGCCAUCAACCUCUUCAAGCUAUACUAUGGUUCUGACUGGGAAGGCCUGUUUGAAGCUAUAACGGGUUAUGGGCUUGGUGGAUCUUCAAUGGCUCUUUUUGGCAGAGUUGGUGGAGGUAUCUACACGAAAGCUGCUGAUGUCGGAGCUGAUCUUGUGGGUAAGGUGGAAAGGAACAUCCCAGAAGAUGAUCCCAGGAACCCUGCGGUCAUUGCAGAUAAUGUUGGUGAUAAUGUUGGAGAUAUUGCUGGUAUGGGAUCAGACUUAUUUGGCUCGUAUGCAGAAUCUUCCUGUGCAGCCCUGGUUGUUGCUUCCAUAUCAUCUUUUGGGAUCACUCAUGACUUGACUGCUAUGCUAUAUCCUCUUCUAGUGAGUUCUGUUGGGAUCCUCAUUUGUUUGCUGACGACAUUAUUUGCAACUGAUUUCUUUGAGGUCAAGGCUGUUGAAGAAAUUGAGCCCGCACUAAAGAAGCAACUUAUUAUAUCCACAGUACUGAUGACAUUUGGAAUAGCAAUUGUUAGCUGGAUUUCCCUUCCAUCCACCUUCACAAUAUUCAAUUUCGGAGUGCAGAAAGAAGUUAAGAGCUGGGAACUGUUCCUAUGUGUCGCUGUUGGUUUGUGGGCUGGGCUGAUUAUUGGAUUUGUUACAGAGUACUACACGAGCAAUGCUUAUAGCCCAGUACAAGAUGUUGCUGAUUCAUGCCGCACUGGAGCAGCUACUAAUGUUAUUUUUGGCCUUGCAUUGGGAUACAAAUCAGUUAUCAUCCCAAUUCUUGCUAUAGCAGUUAGCAUUUUCGUUAGUUUUAGUUUUGCUGCAAUGUAUGGUAUUGCUGUGGCUGCCCUAGGAAUGUUGAGCACCAUAGCAACUGGUUUGGCCAUUGAUGCAUACGGCCCCAUCAGCGACAACGCUGGGGGUAUUGCUGAGAUGGCCGGCAUGAGUCACAGUAUUCGAGAGAGGACUGAUGCCCUUGAUGCUGCAGGGAACACCACAGCAGCUAUCGGCAAGGGAUUCGCAAUCGGGUCUGCUGCUCUCGUAUCCCUUGCUCUUUUUGGUGCAUUUGUGAGCCGUGCAGACAUUUCAACUGUCGAUGUUUUAACUCCAAAAGUGUUCAUCGGUUUGCUUGUGGGUGCUAUGCUUCCUUACUGGUUCUCGGCCAUGACAAUGAAAAGUGUUGGAAGUGCUGCUCUCAAGAUGGUUGAAGAAGUGCGUAGGCAAUUCAACACCAUCCCUGGUCUCAUGGAAGGAACAGCAAAGCCCGACUAUACAAAUUGUGUCAAGAUCUCUACGGAUGCUUCAAUAAAGGAGAUGAUUCCUCCAGGUGCCCUCGUCAUGCUCACACCUCUCAUAGUGGGCAUUUUCUUUGGUGUGGAAACUCUUUCUGGUGUUCUUGCUGGAGCCCUUGUCUCUGGUGUUCAGAUUGCUAUCUCUGCAUCCAACACGGGUGGUGCUUGGGAUAAUGCCAAGAAAUACAUCGAGGCCGGUGCGUCCGAGCAUGCCCGAGCCCUCGGCCCCAAGGGAUCCGCUGCACACAAAGCAGCUGUUAUCGGGGACACGGUUGGCGACCCUCUCAAGGACACAUCCGGGCCAUCAUUGAACAUUCUCAUCAAGCUAAUGGCCGUGGAAUCGCUAGUUUUCGCCCCCUUCUUUGCCACCCACGGUGGCUUACUUUUCAAGAUCUUCUGAAGUAAGGCUGCCCUGAAUUCUUAGUAACCUUAUCUCGACGUAUGAUCCUCGGUUGUCUUCCUGAUUUCUACCCAUUUGUAAGAUCAAGGUUCCAAACAGAAGAGUUAACAUCAUUAAUGGUCAAAUCUUGUGAAGAGAAAUUUAGUGUGGACGCUGUUAUUGGAGUUUUUGGUAUUGCUUUGUUGGUUAAGGGUGAUGAACAUGGUGACAAUAAUCAGUCUUUCACCUGGCAAUCUACGACGUCGUAUGUAAGGAAUUGGGGAAGAACGUUCGCUCAAAUUGGGACAAGAAACUAGGGAAAUUUUGUCAAUUUUCUUUCAGACCUCUCUCGACAAAUAUUUAUUACGGUGAAAUAUUUUUAUGAGUCCUUUAUUUGUA